AUGACAGCCGAAGCAGCUACAGAGGAGGGUUGUCCCGCCAUGUCUCAGUCUCACGAGGGCACUGUCGGUGCUAGAAGAUCGAGGAGAGCUGGUCGAACAACGGCCAGUGAUGCCAAGAACACGAGAAUCGCUCGUUUGAAGAGGUCAUCCACGCUGGAUGGAGAACAGAUGCCACAAAGUUGGAGAAACCGAAAGCUGAGAGAACAGACCAAAACGGCAGCGGAAGAAGGAGAUGCGACAGAAGAACCUGCUGGUGAAGGAGGUUCUCCGGAGGAUUUGUUCAAGACAAAAGGAAGGCCUGCCCUCAAUAGAUCUGUCACCAAUUGA